CUGUGUUCCACCAGAAAGUAUCCAAGUGUUUGGCUCUGGUGAAGCGGAGGCGUCCGGUGAUGGGAGAAGUGGUGGUUAGCAGCGAGGACGUGGAGGAGGUGAAAACGGAAAGCGAAACAGCGGAGAAGGCGGAGGUGAUGGAGAGCAGGAAGGAGGGGAAUUCUUCUAAAGGGAUGAUGAGAUGGGAGAGGUUCUUGCCGAGGAUGGCCUUGAGGGUGAUGUUGGUGGAAGCGGAUGAUUCCACUCGGCAGAUUAUAGCUGCUCUGCUCAGAAAAUGCAGUUACAGAGUUGCUGCUAUUGCUGAUGGUCUGAAGGCAUGGGAGAUACUGAAAGACAAAGCACAUAACAUUGAUCUCAUACUCACGGAAGUGGAUUUGCCAUCAAUAUCGGGAUAUGCUCUUCUUACGCUAAUUAUGGAGCAUGAGAUUUGCAAAAACAUUCCUGUUAUAAUGAUGUCCUCUCAAGAUUCAAUUAGUACAGUAUAUAAAUGUAUGAUGAGAGGUGCUGCUGACUAUCUUGUUAAGCCUAUCAGGAGAAAUGAGCUGAGAAAUUUGUGGCAGCAUGUGUGGAGAAGACAAUCUUCAAUUAUCAGUGGAAACACCCUGCAAGAUGAGAGUGUUGGACAGGAAAAGGUUGAAGUGACUGCUGAAAAUGAUGCUGAAAGCAAUCAAGCAAGUGGUGACAUGGCUUGUGUCCAAAGAGAUGAUGAACCCGUUGAUAAAGGAAGUGAUGCUCAGAGUUCUUGUACAAAGCCAGACUUGCAAGCUACAAGUGCACAUCUGGAAAAUAUGCAGGGACUUUCUUUGUUGAUGGGGGAAAAAUCCUCAACAAUUGCAUCAGAGAAACAUGAAGCUUAUGCCAAUUUCAGCCAGAAACUGCACACACAUGAGAGUGAAACUGGAGGAUUGUUUGUGGGCUCUCAUGACAAUGCUUGCACAAUAAACACAUCUGAGGGUGUUUUGGUAGCAGAAAGACAAAGAAUGGAUGCUAUUGUUUCUUCAGAGGCUUGUGAUGCCAUUGCUUCUUCUUCCAGGGAAGCCAUUGAUUUCAUGGGAACAUUUAGUAAUAAAAGAUCUUCUUCAGUUAAUGGCACAAACAGGUUUGAUUCUCAUCCAGGAUUGGAUCUUUCCUUGAGGUCUAGUACUGAUCUUCUUGGGAAUCAUGUUAGUCAAGAAAGGCCUACUCUCUGGCAUCCCAAUGCAUCAGCCUUUACCAGGUACGCUGGCAGGCCAUCACACCAAGUGGAUUCAUUGAAUAGUAUCAGUAAUCAAAAGAAAGAACUUGGAAUUAAUUCUGAGAAAAGUUUGUCCAUUGUUAUUAAUGGUAAUAACUCAGAUACUCCAAGUCCAACACUAACUACUCCAAGCACCAUCUCUCUGGCUAUUGGCCAAACCAAACACUCCGAAAUAACUGCUUCAUGCUCUCAGCAGAGAUUAUUUCCUGCCCCAGUUCAAGUGAAGGGUAUACGGAUGAGUAACCUCUGUGCUGGCUACAAUUCUGUUCCUCCUCCAAUCUUUUGUGCACAAUCAAGUGUGUCUCCUGUGCCAAGUCCAGGAUCCUCAAACCAGCAGGAACAUGCCUUUCGUGUCAAUCUAUUUAAUAAGUCUCAACAAUUAUAUGACCGACUUGCCCCCAAUGCUAAUCAUUCAACCAACCAAAGUAUGCACAAGCUGGAUAGAUUGGAUUCUUUUGAGGACAGAGGGCAUAUCUCUCCUGCCACUGAUCAGAGUGCAAGUAGCAGUUUAUGUAAUGGGGUUAGAGCUCAUAUUAAUGGUAUUGGAUAUGGGAAUUCUUGCUCUAGUAAUGGCGAUGUCAAUCAGGUUGCUGUUGUCAAUGCUUCUGUAGAGAGGAAGAAGGAAGAUGGUCUUCUCAGUCCCAAUGGAACCUCUCACCGAUCUAUACAGAGAGAAGCAGCUCUAACCAAGUUUCGCUUGAAGCGCAAAGAUAGAUGUUAUGAGAAAAAGGUUCGGUACGAGAGCAGAAAGAAGCUGGCAGAGCAACGUCCUCGAGUUAAAGGACAAUUUGUUCGUCAAGUGCCAUCUGAUCCCCAACCUAGAGAAACUCAACUUCAGUAUGGGAAUUCAUCCGAUGGCUAGCAUCUUGACCAAGCAUAACUAGGAUGACUGUGGUGGUUCAGAUUUACUUUCAGCCUCAUGUAAAGUCCAGGAAGCAAAAAGGGGAGGAGUCAUGAGGUACUCUACAAAAGAUGGUUUCUGACAUCACAUUCACAUUCCUUGGGGUGGAUAUUGACACAGAUCAUCAAUAUGUAGGCAUGUGCUGAUAAUAAAGUAGUGUAGUGAUCUUUCCAAUCGCACAAUCUUUUUCUCAUUUUUCCUGAGUUCGUUUUUCUCAUUCAUUAUAUUUGUUUUGCUUGUAACAUGUUUUAUUUAGAAUCCCGUAGAUCAGCUGUAGUUAGUGUAGAAAUUGUAAUCUCAUCCCUACCUUACAAUCACCUUUGGUAUAUAUUCAAGCAAGGUUAUAUAUCUCUUAUCUUCUCCUGUGUCUCUUGUAUAUUAAAGAUGAUUGAAGCAU